AUGUCGCUCCGCAGCAUGACGCUGCCCUUUCGGCUGCAUCGCCGUCAGUUCUUCACAGCGAACCGGGAAGUGUUGGAGGCCGUGAAAAAGUUGGAGAGCAAGGUCGACUCACUGGAGAAGAGGUUCGAUGGCUUGGAGAAAAAGGUCGAUAGCUUGGAGUCAAAGUGGGAUACCUUCCUCGCUGAGUAUAGAAAAGAGUGGAGGGAAGCCACCAUCGCAUGGAGCUCCAUCAAAGCAUGGGGUGGCGGUUUCAUGGCUUUCGUCGCAGCGCUUGCUGGCAUUGUCAAGUUUCAAGAGGCUCUUGACAAGGCAGUUCUAGAUCGAACCAGUUGCUGCUGUUCCUGA